AUGGGCUCUCUUCAAUACCCUCUAGCCAGACCCCUAGACUUGACCGUCUUGGGUCUGAACUCGGGCACGUCCAUGGACGGAAUCGACUGCGCACUUUGUCGUUUCAGACAAAACUCACCUGAAGAUGCCAUGCACUUUGAACUCUUGAAAUAUGACGAAGUGCCUCUAGAGCAGGGCGUCAAGAAGCGAGUCAUGGGCAUGAUCCUCGCAAACUCCACCACACUGGAAGAGAUAUCCAAAGUAAAUGUUGUCCUAGGAGAAACAUUUGCAGAUGCUGCCAUUGCAUUUUGUACGAAUCAUGGCAUUGCGCUGUCGUCAGUUGAUGCAAUCGGCUCGCAUGGCCAGACUAUAUGGCUGGUCAGCAUGCCCGAGCCGGGCCAAAUGAAGUCGGUCUUGACCAUGGCAGAAGGCAGUAUACUGGCAGCACGAACAGGAGUUACCACGGUUACGGAUUUUCGCAUCUCUGAUCAAGCGGCCGGGCGUCAGGGCGCUCCGCUUAUCAGCUUCUUUGACUCCCUGGUCCUGCGCCAUCCGGCCAAGUUGCGCGCCUGUCAGAAUAUCGGCGGCAUCGCUAAUGUGUGCUUUGUUCCGCCGGACGUUAAUGGUCAGAUUAACACGGAGUUUUUCGACUUUGAUACCGGGCCUGGCAACGUCUUUAUCGACGCUGCGGUGCGAUACUUUACCGACGGAGAGAAAGAGUACGACAAGGAUGGCGAGAUGGGCAAGGCUGGCAAAGUCGACCAAGAAAUCGUCGACAAGUUUUUGGCUGCGCAUCCCUAUUUCUCGCGGGAUCCUCCGAAAACGACUGGGCGGGAAGAUUUUCGCGAUACAACCGCUCAUGCGCUCAUCGGCGAGGGCAUCAGAAAGGGCCUCUCCCCAAACGACGUCGUCGCGACCAUUACGCGCAUCACGGCACAGGCGAUUGUCGAGCACUAUAAACGCUAUAUGCCGACGCAGUACGGUCCGCUGACGGAGAUUUACAUGUGCGGCGGCGGCGCCAAGAACCCCAACAUUGUAGAUUUCGUGCAGCAAGCAUUCCCAGAGACGGAGAUUGUCAUGCUGGAUGUCGCGGGUAUUCCGUCGGAUGCCAAGGAAGCGAUUACGUUUGCCUGGCAGGGGAUGGAAGCCAUUGUCGGGAGAAGCAUACCGGUGCCUUCGAGGGUGGAAACGAGGCGGGAGUCUGUUUUGGGCAAAGUGAGCCCAGGCCUGAAUUACAGAAGAGUCAUGAGAAAAGGACUGGAUUUUGGAGCGGGCAGAGACUACCUCGCGCCCGUGAAAGAGUUGGUCAAUUAUGUUGGGGGCCAAGCGUUUGACAAUAAUAAAAACUAA